GGCUGCGUGCGAACGUUACCAUGAAGACUGUGUCUGUGUUGUGUGUGCUUCUCACGAUCACAGUUACCGCCUCCAGCCUUCAAAGGGACAUUCGCCCUCAACAAAUAUCAGACAGAAAAACAAGCAAGAGAGUUAUAAAAAGGGAUGCUUCAUUACUAUUGGACACCUCACCUAUAGAUAUUGACCCAGUGUACAAAGUUCAUCCAGUAAUUGCAUAUAGACGUCUAUCAAGAUCCAGGCUGAAUCCAAGAUCAAAACAAUCGUCAAGACUUCACAAAUCGACGAAAAAGUUCAAGAAACCAGUCAAACCUAACCGUCCUCGAAUUUACAAGAAAAGUGUAAAACCAAAAUAUUACAGAAAAAUUGUUGUACCGAAAAAUAAGUAUUCCAGACCCACUAAAUAUCCACAAAAUUACGUCUCUUAUCCUGAACCUGUAGGCUUUGGUGAACCUCCGAAUGAUUUAAUAUCGUACAGUAAAAACGUUAGGCCUAAACCAGCAAUGCCUUAUAGAGAUGAACUAAUUGAUUCAUACGGUGAACCUAUAAAGCCGAGCAACACUGACAGUUAUCCUCCUGCAAUGCUCCCAACUCAGUUUAGUAAAGAACUCGAUUCAAGACCUACAUUUAAUUCGUGGCAAAACAUUGACAAUCCUAAUGAUGAACCUACUUAUGCUUAUUCAAAGAAGAGGCCAGUUUAUGAUUUUCCAACAUCAUACGAAGUCCAAGAUAUUGAGACUGACUUCGAACUAAACAACCAUUAUUCAUUUAAUAAGCCAAACUAUAAUAUGGAUCAAAAUAAGUUUUUGGGUAAUCCGUGGAAAGUAAAGGGAAGGAGGGAUAAAGAUGAGGACGAAAUCAUUGUUGGAGGUCAAUAUGCUGAGCCGCCUGCCAGAUAUGUACCUAAGUUCCAACCUAGUGCUCCUAUGUUCGAAAAUGACGAUGAUUUCAGACCGUCACAGAGGGUAGUCGACCCUGAAGUUGCAACGUCGGCUACGAUUUCCCCAUAUGUCAAUUACAAACACAGCAAUUUGGCUUUCAGUCCACAAAAUUUGAAUGAUGCAUUUAGUAUAGUAGAGAAAUAAUAAAGUAAUUACUUAGUUCAAUAAACCAAAAUUUAUGUAUUUAACUUAUUAAGAACUUUAAUUUUUCUAAAUUAUGUUAUUGUAUCUUCAUCCAAUUUCUUUAUCAUUAUCAUAAGUAAGACAUAAAUUCGUUUUCCUUCAGGGAAUGUUGAUGAAAAAUUUCUAGAAAGUACAUUUAUUCAUGAUUAUAAAAUAUUUAGUUAAGAGAACUGAAUUUUAAUUA